AUGUUGGCACACCUGAUAGUGAAGCCAUACGAUCCAUCCAUGGAUUAUGCUUCAGUUUGCAAUGAUUUGUUUGGAGAUAACAAGUGUCUUGUGAUGCUUGAGAAGAAGGGAGGUGACCAUUGUCACAUUCAAGGAGAGUUGAAGGCACCGAAGACGGAAGAACAGUGGCGUAACUAUAUUGGCGAUCUUGCGAUGGAGCAUUAUCGCCGUAAACAAGAUCCGAAGAGUAGGCCAGUGAAGCGGCGAAAGCUAGAAGCGGAUGAAGUUGGGUUUCAGUACAUGGCCAAGGAGCUUCCAACGUCGGUGGUGAUAUAUAAGCAAGGAUUCAGUGAUGAAGAUUUGCAAGAGUUGUACGAGAAGUCGAAUGAACACAGAGACGAGCUACAAUCCAAGCCUGGCGAGUAUAUCGCUGAAAAGAUCGGCGGAGACACUGAAAGCUGGACGCCCGGUGAGCUGCACAAGCGUGUGUGCUAUUAUGCUUUCCAGUAUUAUCUGGCUGAAGGAAAAAUGCGCCCUCCUAACAUCAAGAUUCUUUGUGAGCAUUAG